AUGAUACUCGAACAUGUACUUGUUUUGAGUGCCUAUUUAUUUUUGAUUGGUCUUUAUGGAUUGAUCACGAGUCGAAAUAUGGUUAGGGCUCUUAUGUGCCUUGAACUUAUACUCAAUGCAGUUAAUAUGAAUCUCGUAACAUUUGCUGAUUUUUUUGAUAAUUCCCAACUAAAAGGGGAUAUUUUCUGCAUUUUUGUUAUAGCAAUUGCAGCCGCUGAAGCAGCUAUUGGAUUAGCUAUAGUCUCGUCAAUUUAUCGUAACAGAAAAUCAACUCGCAUCAACCAAUCGACCUUAUUAAAUAAGUAG